CCAGUUGACAACAGAUACGAAGAAACGCGCGUGUACCAUUAGUGUAGUGAUACUGCGACGCCUCAUGUUCUCGCUGACAAAUUCCAAACUUUCUGUCGCAACAUUUUGUCAGCUGUUCUUGGGAUGUUAAGAACCGCUCACUAGCACAUUGUUGGACCGUUGCUGGUUUUUCUAAUACACCUGAACUUCUGAUUCGCGUUAAACAGGUUUUCGUGUAUGAUGAAAUCAUGUGUCAUAGUAAACUACUUGGGGUCGUUGAAUGGUGUUUGUGACAAGCUCAUAUAAAAUGUAUUGUGUACAAGCAAACAAAAACUCUACUGCAACUGUUCAAGCAAGUACCAGCCACAAAACCUGCUGAUCAGGCAAAUCUUUUGUCUUAAUACUCUGAGAAUCAAGGCAUCUCAUCCACCACCAUGUCCAAAGAAAAGGAAAUCGCCAUAGAGUCCCAUGAUGGGCCAGUGAGGUUAAAGAAACAGUUGGGUGUGUUCAACGGAGUGGCCAUGAUUGUUGGUAUAAUUGUGGGCAGUGGCAUCUUCGUCUCACCUAAAGGUGUCCUGCUGGAGGCCGGGUCAGUCGGGUCAUGUCUGCUAAUCUGGGCCAUCACUGGCGUCGUGUGUGGUAUAGGAGCCAUGUGCUAUGCAGAGUUGGGGACAUGCAUUACAAAGUCUGGCGCUGAUUACAGCUACAUCAAGGAGUCUAUAGGGGAUCUACCUGCGUUUUUAUACCUGUGGGUUUGUCUCGCGGUCAUUGUUCCAACUGGCAAUGCCAUAACGGCCUUGACAUUUGCUAAUUACAUUUUACAACCUGGCUUCCCUAACUGUGGGUCGCCAGAUGCGGCAGUGACAUUGUUGGCAGCGCUGUGUUUGUGUUUGCUGACCUUCAUCAACUGUACCAAUGUAGCAUGGGCGACCAGAGUCCAGGAUAUUUUCACAUUCACCAAGAUCUUAGCUUUAGUCAUCAUCAUCAUCACUGGCAUCGUCAAGAUAGGCAUGGGUUCCACAGAAAACUUCCAGAAUGUUUUUGAAGGCUCUACAACACAACCUGGGAGAAUUGCUCUAGCUUUUUAUUCCGGUUUAUUCUCUUACUCUGGCUGGAAUUAUUUAAACUUUGUUACUGAAGAAAUGAAAGAACCAUACAAAAAUCUUCCUCGUGCCAUCUGGAUCUCCCUGCCACUUGUCACUGUCAUCUAUAUCCUUGCCAAUGUGGCCUACUUUGCUGUCAUGACACCAGCGGAGAUGUUGGCAUCUGAUGCUGUUGCUGUGACAUUUGCUGACAGAACACUUGGGGUCAUGUCCUGGAUCAUGCCAGUGUUUGUUGCCUGCUCCACAUUUGGCUCACUCAAUGGUGCCAUCUUCACUUCCUCCAGGCUGUUUUUUGUUGGUGCCCGUCAUGGCCACUUGCCAGGUUUUUUGGCCACCAUCACCAUGAAGCACAUGACACCACUGCCUGCACUGCUCUUUGGGUGUGUGACUUCACUAAUUAUGCUGUCAUCAAACGACAUCUAUGCUCUGAUCAACUACGCCAGUUUUGUAGAGACUUUGUUUAUUGGGAUGUCUGUCACUGGGCUACUCAUACUCAGGGUCACUCAGCCUCAUCUAGAACGUCCAAUUAAAGUGAAUUUAUUUUUCCCAGUGUUUUACUUUGUGAUCUGUGUGUUUCUAAUCAUUACACCCCUGACCUCAAGCCCCAUGGAGUGCCUUAUGGGAUUGGUGAUGAUAGCCACGGGCAUCCCCAUCUACAUGCUGGGGGUCAUGUGGGAGAGGAAACCAAGAGGAUUCAGGAUUGCAUUUAAUAAAUUCUCUCAGCUAUCUCAGAAGUUGUUUUAUUCUGUCCACGAGGAGCUGAAGGAAGACUAGAGCAAGAAAGAUACAAAUUUUGAUGGACUUAUUCAACAUUUGAUGGACUUAUUCAACAUUUGAUGGACUUAUUCAACAUUUGAUGGACUUAUUCAACAUUUGAUGGACUUAUUCAACAUUUGAUGGACAUUCAACAUUUUUUAAAGAUUUGAUGCAACUAGCAAUAUUUUAUGUAAAACUGUGUUUUAAAAAGAAACAUUCCUUGACAUGGCUUCUCUUAUUGACCAAUUAAACCACAACACCACAUCACCUGCACUCAUGCUGACCAUUCACCCACACACUGAACAGUCCACUCACCCACACACUAGACAGUCCACUCAUCCACACACUGGACAGUCCACUCACCCACACACUGGACAGUCCACUCACCCACACACUGGACAGUCCACUCACUCACCCACACACUGGACAGUCCACUCACCCACACACUGGACAGUCCACUCACCCACACACUGGACAGUCCACUCACUCACCCACACACUGGACAGUCCACUCACCCACACACUGGACAGUCCACUCACCCACACACUGGACAGUCCACUCACCCACACACUGGACAGUCCACUCACCCACACACUGGACAGUCCACUCACCCACACACUGGACAGUCCACUCACCCACACACUGGACAGUCCACUCACCCACACACUGGACAGUCCACUCACCCACACACUGGACAGUCCACUCACCCACACACUGGACAGUCCACUCACCCACACACUGGACAGUCCACUCACCCACACACUGGACAGUCCACUCACCCACACACUGGACAGUCCACUCACCCACACACUGGACAGUCCACUCACCCACACACUGGACAGUCCACUCACUCACCCACACACUGAACAGUACACUCACCCACACACUGGACAGUUCACUCACCCCCACACUGGACAGUCCACUCACUCAGUGUCAGUAACUGUAACAAAGCCCCCAUGAUGUGUCAGUUCACCUGACCCAGUGUACCCAAUGUUAGCACCAGUAUUGAGAUGUUCAUCUUUUGCUUCAGUGUUCAGUUUUUUAGUUGCUCUCAUCCAUGAGAUUGUCUACACUUGUUUUAACUCUACUCAUUCUUACAUUUCUUUUGAUGAUUUUUUAUUUCUUGUUUUAAAAUAAUUUUAAAUGAACACUUAAUAACUAUGAAAGUCGCUGUAUCUGAUUUAAAUUUACAUUGUGCUGGUGAAACUAGCCUGCUAUUGAUUCCACCUGCCAAGGGAGUUAAUUCUUCUGUUUUUGUCAUUAACUUGGCCAGAUAUUUUAUGACAUCUAAUUUUCAUGACCUACUUAUCUGGCAGGGGAUCUAGCAAUUGCUAAAGCUGACCGGAGUGGGUCCUCUGACCCUAACCGGAGUGGCUCCUCUGACCCUAACCGGAGUGGGUCUCUGACCCCUAACCUGACUGGGUCUCUGACCCUAACCGGAGUGGCUCCUCUGACCCUAACCGGAGUGGGUCUCUGACCCCUAACCAGGCUGGGUCUCUGACCCUAACCGGAGUGGGUCCUCUGACCCCUAACCAGACUGGGUCCGCUGACCCCUAACCUGACUGGGUCUCUGACCCUAAAUGGUUGAAUUGAUCUUAAACUGGAAGUUUUAGCUGUAAGAUUGCUUCACUCAGGGUAGAUAACUAAUACUGUUUUUGGCCUUCAAGUUAUGCCUUUUUAACAAUGUUUCCAUCCAACACAAAUAUUUAUACUGUGAAUCUCUGCUGCUUAUAUACGUAUAUUUUGUUUUUUAUGUGGACACAUUUCUUUGAUCUAUACAGACAUUCUGACAACUUA